ACUUAUUUUAAAAUAAUUAAUGACAAUAUUUUUGUAUAUAUCACAUUAAAAAUGUGAAGCAUCUUACUGUUUAUGUCAGAAAUAAGUCAGACAAAUUUGAUUUUGUUAUAAAUUAUCCUUCCUCUAGUGAAAUAGAUGGGUUUUGAAGAAUUAUAUUAGCUAAGAAUCUGUGAGUAAGAACUGAGAAAACAAUAGUAAAUAAUGAUUCAUCAGCCUGGUAAUAAGGAAGAGUUUUCAGAGAAAUACAUGUGAAUAUUUUGAUUCUUCUAGCCUAGAUCAGUUUAAACAACAGUUAAAAAGAGUUAAUCUUUUGGCCCCAAAUUUUACCUACACUGCAUUUGCCAUUACCAAAAUAUAAAUUGUUUUUGUGUAUUUAUGUAAUGUGAUAUCUCAUUUCUCUUGUUCUCUUUCCUUUUUUAUUUCAUAAAUACUACACAUAAUAUGUAGAAUGCAUGCAAAUAUUAUGUGCAUUGCCGUGGUGUCUACAUGUCCUGCUUAUGGACCAGAAUCCUCUUGUUCUGGUCCAUAAGUAUAUAACUGCUGUACAAGCACUUCACUGCCCCUUCCAGACUUUAUUCUAAGUAAAAACAUAGAGAUAGCACAUGGAUGUAAGCAGCUAUUUGGAGAGAUCUCAGAAAAAAUGGAACAAUUUUGGUCAGCUUGGUAGGCAGUGCUAUCCUUGUGUAUUGGUGCAGGUAUGUGAUUUAAAACAAAUAUGCAAGAUGAGCAAAAGAUUCAUGCACACAUUGCAUUCAAAUACAGUCUUUCUCUCAACCUACUGAAUUCUGAGAUUGAAACAGUUUAAAGAUGCUGAAUGUUGAGAUUGCACAUAUUACAGAUAAAAUUAGGAUAAUUUCUCUGGUAUGAUAACCCUGGGUUAAAUAUAUCUAUGUUGUGAUAUCAGCACUUAAACUCUGUUCUAUCUGCUGAUGUUUAAUUAGUCUCUUUUUUGCAGUACUAGCCUCACAAUUCGAUAUUUGGAAUUCAUAAUUUACAAAACUCAGUCAUAUAUCUUGAGACUGCUUGUGAAAACAAGUCAGUUCUGAAUGAUCAAGUGUCAGCCUCAGGAGUACACUUUUAUUCCUCGAACAUGGAUCUUCCCUGCAGAGUACACACAGUUUCAGAACUACGUAAAAGAACUGAAGAAGAAGCGUCGACAGAAAACAUUUAUAGUCAAACCAGCUAAUGGGGCAAUGGGACAUGGGAUCUCUUUAAUAAGAAAUGGAGAAAAGUUACAAGCUCAGGAUCACUUGAUUGUUCAGGAAUAUCUUGACAAACCAUUUCUUAUGGAAGGCUACAAGUUUGAUUUACGUGUAUAUAUUCUUGUAACCUCAUGCGAUCCAUUAAAAGUGUUUUUAUAUCAUGAUGGACUGGUGAGAAUGGGCACAGAAAAGUACCAUCCCCCCAGUGACUCAAAUUUGAGCCAACUGUAUAUGCAUCUGACUAACUACUCUGUGAAUAAACAUAAUGAACAUUUUGGACGGGAUGAAACAGAAGACAAAGGAAGUAAACGCUCCAUUAAAUGGUUUACUGAGUUUCUAGAAACAAAUAAUCUUGAUGUCUCCAAAUUCUGGAAUGAUAUUUCAGAGUUAGUAGUGAAGACUCUCAUAGUUGCAGAACCACACGUUCUUCAUGCUUAUCGCAUGUGCAGGCCAGGGCAAGCACCAGGAAGUGACAGUGUCUGCUUUGAAGUCCUGGGAUUUGAUAUUCUGCUGGACAGAAAACUAAAACCAUGGCUCCUAGAGAUUAAUCGUGCUCCAAGCUUUGGAACUGAUCAAAAAAUAGACUACGAUGUAAAAAAGGGUGUUCUUCUAAAUGCAUUAAAGCUUCUCAACAUACGGACAAGUGAUAAAAGAAGAAACUUAGCCCAGCAGAAAGCUGAAGCUCAAAAAAGACUGUAUGGUCAAGGCUCAAUGAAAAAACUGUUGCCAGGUUCCUCAGAUUGGGAAAAGCAGCGCCACACACUGGAAAGGAGAAAAGAAGAACUGAAGGAAAGACUUGCACAAGUCCGUAAACAGAUUUCCAAAGAAGAGCAUGAAAAUAGGCACAUGGGGAACUACAGGCGAAUUUACCCUCCUGAUGAUAAAACAUUACUUGAAAAGUAUGAGAGUUUGUUAGCCACUGCUUUCCAGACAUUUCUUGCUGGGAGAGCAGCUUCACUUCAGCGGGAAAUGAAUAACCCUUUAACAAGAAUGAAGGAGGAGGACAUUUUGGAUCUUCUGGAGCAAUGUGAAAUAGAUGAUGAAAAACUAAUGGGAAAAUGUACCAGGCAGCGAGGGCCUAAGCCCUUGUAUUCUAUGCCAGAAAGUGCACAACCCUUAAGAAAACUUAAGAACUACAAUAGUGAUAGCAGCUGUGAUAGUGGUAGCAGUAUGUCAGAGUCGGGAGAAGAAACUGAAAAGGAAGAUCAUAAUGAAAAAAAAGAGAAAAAAGUAUCAUAUGAUCUUGAAGAAAAUAAAUAUAAGUCCUUGGAACGAUCAGGUAGAAUGAACUGGAAACCUUCAAUUAAAAAUAUAAAAUCUCCAUCAUAUUCACCCUCCACAUCAUCUGCAGGUCCAAUAAGGCGUUCUGUAAGCUGCCCUCGUUCUAUAUCGACUAUGCAGUCACAUGAGCAGCGUCCCUUCUCAGCCAAAGCAUCUCUGCAAGUCCAACGUGCAUCCUCAGUGAAUAGGGCCCGUUCUUUAAAUUGCAGCCCAUCUUCAUCCAGAGUCUCUCAGACAUCCAGCCUGGGCACUAUGAAUUCUUCGGGGAAUGAGUCUUUGCUGCAACAGAAAACGAAAGAGCAAGAAGUUGCUCUGACAAAAGAGACUCUACUCAUUUUCAAUGACAUGAGAAUGAAGUUCCCAGGCAAAACGGAUGAAGAAUCAGAAUUAAUUAUAGAAGAUAUAAUGGAUAAUUGGAAGCAUCAUAAAACAAAAGUGGCAUCGUAUUGGUUGGUAAAACUGGAUUCUGUAAAGCAACGAAAACUUUUGGAUAUAGUCAAGACAAGCGUUCGUGCAGUCCUCCAGCAUGUCUGGAAGGCUCCAGACAUUGAAAACUUACAUCUGUACCGUCUCUUUAACCGUGUAUUUAAUCGCUUACUUUGGAGCCAUGGUCAAGGCCUGUGGAACUGUUUCUGUAAUUCAGGGAGCUCUUGGGAAACCAUAUUCAGUAAAAGUGCAGAGGUGGUGACUCCUGAGCAACUCCAGUGUUGCCAACGGAUAGUACAGCUUUGUAAACACUGCCUGAUAGUGGUUUACAAAUAUUCAUCGGGCUCCAGAGGAUCACUGACUGGAAUUAGUCCCAGCUGGGAUGAUACAAGGUGUUUGUUGCCAGGACCUUCACAGUUCAUCACGAAAUCAUCCUCGUCCAACCUUAGCUGCAGUUCGUCCGGAAUGCCUCGCCCUAACAUUUUGUUCACACACAGAUAUAGUCACUUGUGAAACAAACGAAAAGUUAUUUUCCAUUGUACAUAAUGGCACUCCGUAUAUAUAUUUUUUUUCAAAUUAAAACUUGUCAUGGAGCUAAAUGCAAGCACUGUUAUAAUAUGGUAGUAAGUAUAUAACAUAUAGCUGAAAACCUACUGUAAAAGCAUAGCUUUUCUGGAAGCAUAAUAAACCUUGUUAAGCUGGUUACACACAUUUGAAUGUGUAGAUCUUGCUAGGUUUAUAAGUAAUUCCUACUAGAAAUGUUAUUUUUGCUGCAGAAUAUAGAAAUGAAAUUGAUCUUGAAGAUCCUAUUACAGUGUUACAUUAUUUUGUAUGUACAAUACUUUGACUUGAAUAUUAUUUAUUGUAAAGUAUACUAUUUAUUGUCUCAGAUGUAAUUGAUCCUUUAACUAGACAGAUGAUUAAAAAAAACUGUAGUGGAACACUAAAACUGUAAUAAUCAUUAAAAAUAAUCUGGUAAUUUCUUGCACAUGUUUAAAGUAAUGACCCAAAUCCUGUAAGCCAAACCUGAAGCAGGUAUCUUUUCAUUUCUCCUCUGAAAUUAUGGGUCUUGGUUAGUGCUUUUACUUUUCUUAAAGGACAUGGUAUAGUAUCUUUUAGUCAAAGUGGAGGCAUUCUAUAUGCAGAUAGUAAAAAUAUCAGUUCAUGCAUUCAGUUUCUAACUGGAUUUUUGUAAUAAAACAGAAGCCAAUAUUUGUUAACUAGCUUUCAUUCACAUUACCUUACCUAUGGCCUGUGCCUUUAAGUUUCCUUUGGGAGCAAGCAGUCACCUACAACUUGUACAAGCAUGCAUAGUGCAUAGUUUUUCUGUUUUACUACACAAGUGGUAAAGCAGACAUUUUUAGGAAAUACUGCAGCUAUAAUUUAUUAUUUCAACCUUAUACUAAUUGGUUUGCUGUAGUUUUUAGCAUACAAUCCAGUACAUACUGUAGAAUGUGUUGUUUAGCUAGACAGUAUUUUCUAGACUUACUGACACCUUUAAAUGUUGGAAAUAUAAUUCAGUAAGAAGCUCUCAUUCAGAUUCAGCUUCCUCAGCCUGGCUGAGGGGCACAAAAAGAAACCAAGCCAGAACAGGAACACAAUUAACAGGACUUGUAACCUGAAAGCAUCAUUCAGGUUUUCUACUUAUACCCUUCCAUCUCAUUCAGCGUUGUGCCAUGUAAGCCUUAUUUGUUAUAUAAAUAAUUAUUAAAAAAACACAGCUAAUCUAGAUUUUUUUGUUUGUUUGUUUAACUGAGUGAAGAACAGAGUAGUAGGUAUUUACCAAAGACUUGUUUACUUUCUAAUAAUGCAAUCUGAAAACUUGUUUGUAAAUUACCAAUGUAUUUUAGUUAUAUGUUAAAAAUAAUUUAGGGGGGGUUAAUUGUCCUCAGGAGAAGUAUAUUAGAGGUUUUUGAUAUCCAGAAAUUUAUGAGAAAUUUAAGAGACUUAAGAGAUUUGAGACUGAAGUUGUCUGGAAUUUAUUAUUAUUAUUUUUUUUUAAUCUUAGUAGAUAUAUCAAAUUGGGAAUUCUGGUGAGAUUUUUGAUGCCUGUGCUGUAGUGCCUCAGCUCUAGAACUGCAAGAUACAAGAUAGGAAGACUAUUUGUAAACAAAUAAUAAUAAUAAUAAAAAAAGACAAAACAACAACACAAAACAUAGAUUAGCCAGAUAUAAGCAGUCUUCUUGUCUGGUAAAAAUAUUUUUCAUUCUCAUGGUAAUACUGAUUUAGUAAUACAGUACGUUCACAUUAAUUGUGUAUAUUUCCUUUGAUCCAUAUUGAUAAAGCAUAUUAUGAUUAUCUGUAACACCUAAUAAAAGCUGUAAAUCCUUUC